AUUUAGGUUAGGUUUACAUGAAAUUUCUUCCAAAUAGAAUGUGUUUACUUCUGUUAGAAAAAUAACAACAUGCCACCAAAUAAAGUUAAACUAUACAAAAACAAGAAACCUUCGACCUCUCAACAAAAUGUUCCACAGGAAAACGCACAUUCAGACGCUCCGGAGGCCUCAAAUCAAGAGCAGUUCGAAAUUGAAUUAUAUUGGUGUAUUCAUCAACUUCAGAAAGCACUAAGCUUGGGGAAAUUGAAUAACAAACAAGUUCAAGACCACACGAAAGCCUUAAAUGUUUUAAUGAGCAAUACUGCACCGGUAAUCAAAAAAAGGCAAGUAAUGAGGCUGUCGUUCGGAGACUACAGGGAAAAGAUGGCAGCAGAGGAGAAGAAAGCGUCAAAAAAUGCUGCAAAAAUGAACAUGAAAUCGGCCGUGGCUAAUAAGAAAACUGUCUUUUUAAAAAAAAGCUUAUUUACUUCAUCGGUUGACAACGAUUUCAAAUUUGAUUUCAAUAUCGAAGAAAAAAUGGAAGAUAUUGCUGUGACAGACACUCCGAAAUCUACUAACAAAGUUAACUUUACAAAAUCUGACAAUACAUUUAUGUUCAAUUUUCAAACGGAUAACGAUACCUAAUUGCA